CUCGGGGGCAUGGCCAGCAGGGCUGGGCAGCCUGGAGCAUCCCUGGAGCACCCAUCUCCACUGCCUCGUCCCACAGAGAAGGAGGGACCUGCUGGUGCCUGUCCCUUCCAGCCUUUCCCAGAGCCCUCCCCAUCAAAUGCACUGCUCCAGGAGCAGUUUAGCAAUCCAUCACCAUUUUUCUUAUUCUCUUUAAAAAAAUAAGGGAGUUACCCCCUGCUCUGAGCAACCUUCCAACCUGCAGCUUUGCAGGAAAACACCUUGGAGCUCUUGGCUGCCAAUUCCUGCAUGGAGGCAAAGCCGGGAGGAUGCAGGGAACAAAGCCCCACCUAGGCACCACGGCUGCCUCCCUGGGCCCCUGGAGGAUGGAAAAAUCCCCAAAAAUCACCAAGAAGCUUUUGGAAAAGAAAAGGCCAUGAAUACAGCUGGGGAUUUACAGGCCAGCACUCCAGGUUGGAUGUGGGCGCCUUCUCCGGUGCGCUGCCAUCAUGAGAAGGUUUAAGGAGCUGAUUUUAUGGAUGCCUAAAUAAAUACCUGGAGCUAAUAUAUCACAAUACAGGGCACAUUCAUCUGCUGUGCCCGAGUGGGAUAGAAUUAGACGGCAGUGUCUCUCUCAAGGCCAGCCCCGCUGUAAUUCAUGCCCCGAGGCAGCCAGCCGAGGGGAGGAGGAGGAGGAGGAAUUCUGCAGGCAGCAGUAUUGAUGGGCUACUCCCAGAAGCUUUGUUUUAAUUAAUUUUCAGAGUGCUCCUUGCAGUGGAUCAGGCAGCUCCUUCAAAGCCUCCUUCCACCCACUGCCCGUGCUCUUGUGCAGGGUCUGGGGCAGCGGGGUGAGCCUGGAGCCCCCCUGCUUUUGGAUAAGUAGAAGCUGUUGCUGUUUUUAAAAAUGGGGGCUCCCCCCAGCCAAGAGGCCUCUGAUGGCCACAGCGUGGGCAGGUGGAUUUGUCACAGCUUUUCUCUUCCCCUUUUUAUUGACUUUCUGCUUGUUCCUGCUGCCAGGGGUCAGUGGGGCGUUGGCUGGACUUUGCCAAAAGUCCACCCCAGCCAUGUGGCUCCCAGGUGCUGACGCAGAGCCCUGCCCUGAGAUACCAGGGGACUGAAGAGCGGCUCUGCAGCCCGGUGGGUGUGUGGUGCUGAGGCUGGAACGGGGCUGUGCCAGCUCCAAAGCUUUCCCUGAGUAAGCAGGUUUGUGAACCUGAACUGCAUUUGCCCUGCGAGCAGCAAGGUGACAGCAGCAGCCACAGCUCAGCGCCGAACUUGGGGUGACCCGGCUGACACAAAGGGACCUGUCCCCAUCCAGGACAUCAUGGCAAGCGACACGGAGCCCUCCAACACCAUCAAACUGCUGCACCUGCUCUUCCUCUCCACCUCCUGGGGAAUGCAGGCUUUGUGAUGAGCAGGCACCUCCCUCGCCACACCUUCGGCUCCAUCCAGCGGCAGCUCUUCCCCUACUACUUCCACAUCAGCUCCACCUGUGCCUUCCUCAACCUGACCCUGUUUGCCAUGUCCCACCCCAGCGAGAAGCUCGGCGAGCAGCACACGACCCAGAUCAUCAUCUUCCUCGUCUGCAUCGCCGCCGCGGUGCUGAACACGCAGUGGUUUGGGCAGGUGGCCUCUGCCUUGGUGGCCGAGCUGCAGCUGGUGGAGCAGAGGCACGGGCUGGGGCAGGAGGUGGGGCUGGCAGGCAGCGAGCCCCGCAGGCAGCUCCGUGCCUCCAGCCCCGGCUACAGGCAGCUGGCCCGCAGCUUCGCCCUCUACCACGCUCUGUCCUCGCUCUGCAACCUCCUGUGCAUCGUCUGCAACGGGCUCAGCCUCUACCACCUGGCUGGCCAGCUCUCUGCCCUCUGAGGGCACUGCCAGGGAUGGUGGGCAGUGCCCAGCCCCUGCUGCCUCGCUGUAAAGGCAUUAAAGUGAAGCAUCCUCCUGCUCUGGGCAUUAAAGUGCAGCACCCUCGGCUGGAGAUACUCUUGCUGUGUUGAAAUUUAGGAAUAGUGAAAUGGAAAUGUUUUCUCUAGAGCUGCCUGCAGCCAGCCUCCUUGAUCGAAGCAGGAGUGUUUUAUGGCUGAACAGCUUUCUAAUGCCCCGUGCAUUGGCUGUGUCUAAAGCUGCAGUAUUCCUGCAGAAGAGAAAGAAACGAGAUUGAGAAUUACUUCUGAUUAAAAGCCAAACACUAAUACGGAAGUG